GAUAUAAAACGCAGGCCCUGUCCGAAGGAAGAUCCAUAUAUGUUUCUGGUUUCGCUAUCCUCUUUCUCCACAACCAACCGAGCAAGAAGAAAAUGGCGGAUCAGCUAACGGACGACCAGAUCUCCGAGUUCAAGGAGGCCUUCAGCCUCUUCGACAAGGAUGGCGACGGCUGCAUCACCACCAAGGAGCUUGGAACUGUAAUGAGGUCACUGGGGCAGAAUCCAACCGAGGCUGAGCUGCAGGACAUGAUAAAUGAGGUUGAUGCUGAUGGUAACGGCACCAUUGACUUCCCCGAGUUUCUUAAUCUAAUGGCCCGGAAAAUGAAGGAUACGGACUCUGAAGAGGAGCUGAAAGAAGCGUUUCGAGUUUUUGACAAGGAUCAAAAUGGUUUCAUUUCUGCUGCUGAGUUGCGUCAUGUGAUGACGAACCUAGGGGAGAAGCUUACAGAUGAAGAAGUCGACGAGAUGAUUAGGGAGGCUGAUGUUGACGGCGAUGGACAAAUCAACUAUGAGGAGUUUGUUAAGGUGAUGAUGGCCAAGUGAUAGCCUUCCAGAAAGGUGAAAAAAACAAGGACCAAAAAUUGUGAUCAUUGUAAGAAGUGGAAAAAAUGACCUAAGAACAACUGAUGGACAAGGUUUAACUAGUAGAAGAUCGGUCUUUCACCAUUUUGAUUAUCUGAAUUAUUUUGAAAAUGUGAAGCCCUUAAGGAAAUGUAGUAGUGGGGGGUCUGUUUAUGCUGGGCGUGGUGGAAUUCCACUCUUUGUUUAUGAUGUGUCUGCUAACGCAACGACUCUGUUGGGAGUGUCCUUUGGUUUGGUUUUGUUUUGUUUUUAUUUAUUUAUGGCUCGUGCUAUUCUGUGUAGCUUAAUGACUUGGGAAGAAUGUAGUAAUGUCAUGUGUGGUGUUCUUUGGAAAAUUGUACUAGUGUCGAAUUGAGUUUGAAGUUAUUCAACGUUACCUUAUCAGGUAGCGCUGAGGAACGGGAAAAAUAUUGUAUUUUGUCUUUUGAUGCACUUGUCAAUUUUAUACCCAGUCUGUAUUUUGUUGCCAA